AUGGCUUGCACAAAGAAGCAAUGUGUAGGUCGUGGAUUCCCUUUAAAGUUGGAAGCCAAUGAAAUCGCUCAACUUAGUCAACCAUUCAACUAUGAAUUUGUAAAGAAUAUAUUCCCAAAGCUUGAUUGGAAUGGUAUACAAUUAGUUGCUAAACAAUUAAAUGUUGUUUUACCAGAACAAGGAAGUGUAGAAGAUGAAGAAUUUGUAAAGACAUUAUUUAAUUUAUUAUGUAAUCUUAAAGUUAUCAAUGGAUCAUUGACAUGUCCAAGUUGUAACAGAGUUUACCCUAUCGAAGUUGGUAUUCCAAACAUGUUAUUAAAAGAAGAGGAAAUUUAUCAAGAUAUUCAACGUAUGGCAGACAAGGAAAAAGAAGCACAAGAAGAGGAAAGCGAUGAAGAGGAAGAUAGUGAUGAAGAAAUGGAAGAAUAA